AUGGACUCGCAAAGCAGUGACGAUCUCGGGUCUACAGCGCUAGCGCACUGGCUUGCUGCGUAUAGCGCCCGAGCUGCCGAUCUCAAGCUGCCCUCUGAUACCGACAUCGUACUACAUGAUCUAAGUGUCAAUCGAACUACAGCUUUGCGAGGUCUUUUGGACGCAGAGGUCACUGGCCUGCGCAUCGUCAUGAGCAAGAUCCUUCACACUCGCAACCGGCUCUCCACGUGUGAUAGCCUCCCUUCCGAGAUACUCGAACACAUAUUUAUGGACCUCGCGGGCCAGUCGCCUAUGAGUCUAGGUUCGAAGGAUGGGCCUGUGGCUUUAGGCUGGGUGAAUGUUACACACGUGUCCCGGCGAUGGAGGAAUACUGCCAUCAAUUACGCCGCCUUGUGGUCAACGAUUGCUUUCGAUAUAAGCCAACCGUGGCCGGUCUUUCUCGAGCGCUCGAAGGACGCACCGCUCACUAUAAUCGAUGGCAGUGGACGCUCUCCCAAUGCCAAACACGUUGACGAGCUUUCGGCUCACAGUCAACGGAUCAGGGUUUUAUCGUUGGGGCGGACAAAAUUGUCCUCGCAAUGCAUCGCUGCCCUCGGACGCAUGCUCCACAAGCCACAUCUUGCCCUCCAUACCAUCCUCAUCGAAGCAGGCGGCCACUCCUCGUCGUUUGACGACAUCCUUCCGCCCGAUCUCAUGUCUCGCGUCAUACCUAAUGUUGUACAUCUUGACCUGAGAUCGAUGGGGUUGCCUCUGGGAGCCAAUGCGAAUAGCUUGCAGUCGUUGCAGCUUAGCCACUCUCACAAAUCACGGCCCACCGCAUAUACCAUCGAAGAUCUCCUGGAUACGUUGCGCCAUUCGCCCUCGUUGCAACUCCUUUCAUUAGGAUAUAUGAUGCCUGCCCCCGAUGACGAGGCGCACGAUCUACAUGCGAAUCAUGUAUCACUGCCCCAUCUCAAAGUACUGUCUCUACAGGAUCAAGGCAGGCUUUGCACCAUCAUUUGGUCGCUUCUCGAUGUGCCAGCCACAACCGAAGUCCUGAUCAAGGAACAGCCAGGCUAUGAGCUAUCCACUGUACACGACAUUCUCGCACCUUUCAGCACUCAUUCCCAUCGUUAUCUUAAUCAGCCGACUCCUCCAGACUUGCAGUUGGACAUAGACGUCUAUGUCCGCACCACCACUACGUUGAGGCUCAUAUGUCCUGGCAAGAGACAGCGCUCUAUUCCGACUGCCGGUACUACACGGACGUACACUCCCAUGCGUUUGAGUGUACUGACACCCUCAUUCAAACGCCAGGAUCACGACGUACUCUGUGUAUCCCUCCCAGCGGCAAUACCGACAGAGCUCAUCAAGGAAAUACGCUUCAAUUCGCAGUAUCAUGGGGCCUGGCCUUCAUUCACGCCCCGGGGCAUCCGCUCUAUGUUGUCCGGCAUGAAAGCUCUGUCAACCCUUGAGCUUAAGGGCCCAUUCGCAGGAUAUGUUUUGUUGGCUUUGUCCGGUGACGAUGAGCAGGCACCCGUUGCGCCCACCCUCAAGCAUCUACGGGUAGAUGCAGUCUGGUUCUAUGAGGAGGUUUUGCCUGGCAGGGCCGGAUCGUUUCUCGAACUUCUCGACCACACCCUCGAUACGCGAUACGCCAGACACGGUCUCGCCUUGGAGUCACUGUCAGUCAGAUCGUGCAAUGAAAGGGCAGAACCGGCCACAAAAGUAGAGCAUCUGAAGGAUCCAGGGAGAUGGGGAGGGCGUACGCGGGUGAGUACGUACGAGAUGGUCGAGCCGUUCAGUGAUUAG